ACACACGUCGCCCAUCGGCCGACCACUCACUCACUCACUCAGUUACUGAGUUACGGGCAAAAAGAAGACACACACACCACUCAAAGAGUCUCUCUCACACACACACGGCGCACCAUGCGCCUCCGCCUCCUAGAUACUAUGAUUGAUAUUUACAGACCACCACCUCAGUACGCCAUACAUAUCACGAGGGUCCAUCAAUCGCUCAGGCCGCCCCGCCCCGCCCCCGGCCGGCCUCUCGCCGUCAGCUCAAUCCCAAGUCCUCCUCCUACACACACCACCAAGCACACACAUCGAGCAGAUGAAUUCAUCGGCUGCCGUCCUUGCCCUCCAGAUGCUCACGUGCAGUUCAUCGGGUAUGUGUAUGUUGACCUCUCCCACCACAUCUCUGUCGCCCUCCGGCUCGUCGACCUGCUCCUCAGGGUGGCUGUGGUGGUUGCUGGGCUGUGGGGGUGGAGGGGGCGCCAUGACCUGGCCCUCGGGCAGCACAGUCAUGGUGGUGGGCGAGGAGGCGACAUUGACGGGCGUGUGUGCGGGGGAGGGCGGCAGGGAGACGCCCAUGGGGGUGUUCAAUAAAGUGGCUGCAGAAAGGAGGAAGGAGGAAGGAGGGAGGAGGAAGGAGGCGACAGCCGUGGGUGGGUGGGUCCAUUGAUUGACACUCAUCUAUCCCCUGUCUGUCACUCACCUUUGAAGGCAUGCAGGUAGUCUGACCGCCGGAUGACCAGCAGACGGGCGCCAUCGUCUGACAAAAGACAGGCAGACAGACAGGCCAGCCAAAUGGUGUCUGUCUGUCUGUGUGUCUGUGUGUCUGUGUGUCGGUGCAUACCGACGGUAACCGCAGUGAAGUCGGGCACGAAAGUGACCUCCCACCCGCUGAGCUCAACGCUCUUGUCAGCCGACACCUGGAUCACCUUAUUCGAGGCCUUGAGAGCCGUCACGGCCCGCUGCAUCGGCGGACUCGCCGGCACGGUGCCAUGCUGCUGCUGCUGCUGGUCCUUCCGGAACCCGCCGAACAGCCGCAUCCUCGCCCUGUCCUUGUCGGGCAUGGCAGCCGGCAUGGGCGGCGACAGGCUGGCGUCGGUGUGUGGGUGUGGCGUGUGUGGCGUGUGUAGGGAUAUCUGGGGGUCGGAGAUGUUGGACCGGUGGCCGGAUGGGUCGAAUGGGGGGUGGGAGGGCGAGGAGGGGGGCGGCUGAGGCACCACGGAGGAGGAGGAGGCCGCGGUGGUGUCGGUCACCAGCUGGGGGGGCUUCAGGGCCUGAGCAGGCGAGAUGGACGACGGUUGUGUGUGUGCGUCGAUGUGUUGUGCUUCCUGUCUGUCUGUCUGUCUGUCUGUCUCGGUCACGUACCCUCAUGCCGAGUGUGCACCAUGGCCCCAAGACACACUCGAAAGCAUCGCGGCCAACCUGCACCUUCACCUUGCCCUGACCACAAACACACACACACACACACGCACUGUCUCCGUGCGUUGGCCAUCCCUCCCUCCCUCCCUCGCUGCCUCCCCGACUCUCACCGACCUGUAGGAUGAGGUAAGCCGUGUCGCUCUUCUCGCCCUUUUGGUAGAGCACCGUCCCCUUGGGGGGCUUGAUGACCAGCAGCUUCUUGACCAGCUGGUCCAACACGUGACCAUGGAUGUACCCGGCGGUCGCAGAGAAGGGCAGCUGGGUCGCCGACAGGAAGGAGGCAACGGCAAGGGCCUCCGGCUCGCUCAGAGGCUGGAUGCCCCGCUUCCUGUCGCAAGGGAGCGUGUGUGUAUGCCUGUGCCUGUGCCUGUGAGAUUGUGUCUAUGUGUGGGGGCGGGUGUGUGUGUGUGUGUGUGUGUUGUACCUGUCGAAGAGUUUGAGCCUUCCGACCAGCAUCAUCGAGUAUCUGUCCAUCUCGCCGCCACUCACAGGCGCACUGAUUGAAGGAGCCACACACACACAUGUCAGACACACACACACACAUACACAUACAAACAUUCACUGCCUGUGUCUGUGUCAUGUGUGUGUCUGUGUGGGUGUGUACCCUGCCGCGUGCUGCUGGACGAAUUUGUAAGCGGCGAGAGAGCUGCUGGAGAGCGACCGCCGCUUGAGGCCCUUGUCGAUGGGCAACGCCACAUGCUGCCCGCCGCCCUUGUGUGUGGAGUCGAGCGACUCCGUGGACCCCCCCUUGUGAAUGCCACCGCCACCCUCGCUUUCUUUGUCGUCUUCCACCUCGGCGUCAUGCUCGUCCUUUAUCUCGUCCUGGGUGGGCGCACAGCACAAAGGCAGACAUACACAUGAAGGGAGGGGGACGAGAGAGGGUCCCUCCCUGUCUGUCCGUGUUGAAGAGUGAGGUCGGCAGAUAAGGUACCUGUAUGAUCUCCUCGAUGAUGUCCUCGAGGGUGAUGAUGCCGACGUGCACCCAGUAGGGGUCGCCAUCGGUCUCGGUCACCACCUCACGCACCACUGCCAAAUGAGUCUUGCCUGACACGCGCCCAGCCGCACACACACACACACCGCUCCCUCUGCCCGUGUGUCUGUGUGUGGAUCGGUGGGCGGCACACACCUUUUUUGAAGUCUGUGAGGAGGUUGAGCAGGGAAGUGUCGCUGUCGACGGCAUAGAUCUCCCUCCCGAAUAGGUGUAUAACGUUGACGAUGGGCACCUCGCUGGCAGGGUCGAUGAUGGCCAUGUCCUUGACCAGCAGCAGACCCACGAUGCAGCACGGCUUGGUGCGGUCAAACACGGGAAUGCGCGAAAAACCUUCCAGCCAUUGCAUUGCCACACAGAAAUGAGGAAUGCUCUAUAUUCGUGUGUCUGUCGACAGUACCUGAUUCGAGAAUGGCCGAUGCCAAGUCGAAGUUGAGUGUGUCGUUGACGUCCACCCCAAAGACGCGGUCGAUGGGCGUCAUGGCCUCCUUGACACUGCGGCCAGAAAAGUCCAAAGCGCCCUCGAGAAUCUGCGCCUCGUUGCUCGUUAUCACAUGGGCCUGCAACACACACACAUCCAUCCAUCCACGUGCUUCUCAUUCCCACCGACACAGGCAUGCCCUCACACACAGACACACACCUGUUUCUCAUGGUGAGCGAGCAGCGCCUUGAGCUGCUUCCUGUUGAGCACCGAGCCCAUCUCCUCUCCCAGGAUCCAGUCCAGCAACAAGGCAAUGGGCUUGGCUAUGGGGUACAUCAGAAACACGAAGAUCCACACGAUCCACACCGUGUAGGCGCCCACGGCCAGCCCGUAUCGCGAGCAGGCCGCCUGGGGCGCUAUCUCGCCGAACAGCACGAUGACCGUGGUCGACAGCACCAGGCCCAGGAUGAAGCCCUGCUCCGCCAUCAGGAUGGACAGACACGAGUUGACGGCCACAUUGCCGAGCAGCAGAGUGCAGAGGAGGAGGUUGCCAUCCCGGCGGACGGGCAGGAUCCGCCGGGCGUACCACGCCUGCCGCUUGGCGUUGAGGUCAGCUUUGUCCUGCUUGCCGACGUCGAUGAGUAUCUGCAGCUGCACCUUGUCGAGCGACAUGAGGCCGAGAGUGAGGCCCGAGAAGAGCGCCGAGAAGCAUGACAGGACGCAGAUCAGGAAGAUGUCCACGCCAGCGUUCAGAAUCGCCAU